AAACUCAGUUCUGUACCGACUGUAGUUAAGAACGGACAAGCAUAAUCUCUCGCGGAAAUAUGAAGUUCAUCUGGGCCCUGACAUUGCUGCUAGGUUCCGCUGCAGUGACCGCUCAGCGGGAUAACUUCUGCGAACGCAACGAAACAAUUCGCACCCAAGUGCCGGUCACAAAAACGCGGACCAUCGUGAAGAGCCAGCCCAAGUGGAAGGUGUGGAAGAAGAGCGAGAAGUACACCGAGACCUACGACGCGGAGGAGGAGCGAGUGACCCAUCGGCUGAUUAGGGAGUGCUGCCCUGGCUACUUGCAGGUGGAAUCGGGCCUUUGUGAGCCCGUCUGCAGUCGCGGUUGCCCAGCCCAUGCCAGUUGUGCCGCCCCUGAUCGCUGCGAAUGCAUUUCCGGCUACGUUUCGGCCAGGAACCAUCUGGAUGGCAGUCACUACUGUGAGCCCAUCUGCCAGACCCUUUGCCCACCCGGAGCCCAGUGCGUGGCGCCCAAUACCUGCGCCUGUCGCGAUGGUUUCACCCAACUCCAGCCAGCUGGCGAUGGCGUGAGUGGCGACUGUGCCCCCGUUUGCCAGGUGGGCGAUGGCUGUUCCCAUGGCAAGUGCAUCGACGUAGACCGCUGCUCCUGCAACGCCGGCUAUCGAUGGGACAAGGCCGAGGAGCGUUGCGUCGAGCUGAGUGCUGAGUUGACAUCCGAUGAGCUGGACACCACCGAGGAGAGCGCCGAGUCCCUGGCCACCAGUUCAACGGCCGCCUUCACCGCCACCGAGUGCCCCGAGGACUACGUCCUCUUCCGCGGUGAAUGCCGCGAGAAGCAGUUCAACAGCAAUGAGGCGGGCUGCCUUAAGUCCGGCUGUGGUCCGCAUCAAACAUGCCUGGAAUCGGGCACAUGUCACUGCUCGGAUGGCUUUGUCCCAGAGGAGAGUAUGGAAUACGGUGGAGUACUCAGCUGUAAGCGCAGCCUCUUCGACCAAAUACUUGGCCUGAACGAGGCCACCGACGACGAGGACGAGCUGAAUCCCUGGACCAUUCCCAUCAUUGGUGUUGCCAGCGGAGCACUGUUCGUCCUUCUGAUAGUGGGACUCCUGGGCGGAAAACGGUAUCGUCAGGAGCGUGCCACAUUGGCUAACAAGGAGAUGGAGUGCCAGUACUCGCAGAAGACCGUCGAUGUGGACGAGUGGGUGCCGUGAAGGGUCAAGUUCACCCUGGCUUUGGGCUGUGUUAGAUCAACUUUGAUUGUUAGUUUUAAACCAUUUUUAUUUGAGAAUAAAGCAUAUCGACUUAAUACAAA